GCUGUCAUUUUUUUGGUAUUGUUGGGAGUGAACUACUUGACUUGAAAAUGAAUUUCCUUGGCCAUAGGAAAAUUUAUGAUUGAAUCCAGUUAAAAUCAAUUUGGACGAGCCUUGGGCCAACUGCUUCAUUAUAUAAAAGUAACACCAAGAUCUACAAUUAAAGUAAAAUGGAAGACAAAGUCCUUACCGCAGAAACAUGGCCACAAGAAGCCGAGGCGGCGAUCAACGACAUACGCAAACACGUGAAAUCGGCCAACGUAUCAACACAGCUGAAAAACGACAACCAAAGGAUUUACAUCAACCUGACAACCCUGGAGAACUCCGACUAUUGUAUCGAGAUGUCCGCCUCCGGGUUCAGAGUCGUGGGCCGGACCUACGACGACACAACCCUAGCUAUCAUCGAGAACAUGAACUAUGAAACCCCCUACGCCUUGCUCAAUAGCAUCAGUCAGAAAUACAGGGAGUCUUUCGGCGGUGAGUUGAUGAAUAAGCUAUUGGAUCUCGCCAAAAAGGAGACUUGAAUUUUGAGUCGUUUGCGGACGAUUUUAGAGCUUAUUUUGUAGUAACAGCCUUACUAGACAUAGAUGUCACAUACACGAGCUUUUGGAGAAAUAUUGUUGGGUUUCCGAAUUUUCGAGGGUUGUUUAAAGUGAUAAGAAGGUUGUAAUUGGCGACUGUUGAAACUGUCAGUAUUUAUCAGUGCUAUAAAUGUAUUUAAAAGUAACAAUUAGACCAAAUUAGGAUAAAUUGUGAUCGUAAUAUUAUUUCUGAACGUAAAAAUUACGGACAUCAACUGGAUUCAUUGUUGUUUUGAAGGCAUGUUUAAAAUAUAAUAUACUAUACUAACUGUUUGGCAUCUAAAUGUAUUUGUAUGCAUGUAUAUGUUUAGUAGCUACAGAUAUGUCUGUGGUGUCCUCUUAUCUUAGUUCCUUAAUUGUGUGUGUUACCCUGUGUAAAAAUGCAGGCUUUUUGUCUAUGCUAGCUUGACAACGUAAAGCUAGGAUAGCGGUGCCGCCAUAUAGCCGCCGUCUCCAUAGUAAAUGAUACGGCUAAAUAUGGAUGUCCUAGUAUUUGUAUGGAGACGGCCGCUAUACGACGGGACCGCUAUCCUAAGAAACCAGAGCAUAAGGCCGUAAACGUAAACAUUAUAAAAUUGAAAUCUUUAUUGUCAUAUUGCGAGUUACAAUGAUCUUCAACCGUGAUGCGAAGCAGAAUAGUUUACGGACUUUGUACACUUCAUUUUUACUGUGUGGCAAUAAGUGGGUAGAUAUCUAUACUCAACUUCUUUAAUUUGAGAAGAUUGCGACUAUUUGUGACCACUGUGAUUGAAAUUUUAACUCUAACGGCCACAUGCAACAUUCACUAACCCGGGGUCAACAAACGUGGAGUUACCAUAUAUGGUUACCAGUACAAUAGGGAGUAUUAUUGCAAUGAUCUGCCGCCAGAGUGCAGCACUAAUGCACAUUGUAAACCAUAGAAUAACUUAUACAUACUAGGCCUAAAACAGUAUUCUGGCAAGUUUUCACUAUAACAUUGAUCCAUCAAGGCAGUUUGUUUAGAGGUGGCCUACCGCAAAACGUGAAAAAUCGAUCGAAUAGGCAAGAAUUAUAGAGAGGCAGAAACCGAAUUUUCGAUUUCCGUGUUUCGCGGACGCUUGUUCUAGUGAUGCCUUCUACGCUAAGUUUUGCGUAAUAUUCCCUAUUUGACACUGGGUUAACGGUUUAACCGGUUAACUCCGGGUUAAUGGGAUGGUACAAGUGGCGCUAAAGGUUGCACAAUGUAGGUAGGUGUUAGCUGUUGACUGUUUACUGUAUUUUCUAUGUGUCAAUUAAGUAAUAAGAUUUCUGAACAAUGUUUUUAGUUAGGAAUAAUUAUAAAUCUUCGCUCAGGUUACUAAUAUUAGGUAUAUGUAUAUUGUAUAGGUAUAAUACAUUGGGCCUUUGACCCAGAAUGAUGCUUACAUAUUACCUGUGGCAGUAUUGGCAGCUACGUAUAUAAUAAAAUGUAUAGAGCUCUACAAUACACCGUUAAUUAAAUGCGAAGUUUUCAACCAAAAUGUACCACAAUGUCGAUUGUUGAUAAGGUUCAUAUUCAUAUUCAUAUCUCUUUAUUGCUAUCAUGUUCAUCAGAAUACAGGUGUUACAAUAAAUACAUUUGUAGGUACAUGACACCCUGUUAGGGCACUGCAACAUUCUUAAGUCUACAAAUUACAUUUCUAGUAGGUACUAAUCAUAAUACAUAAUUAAAAUUAAAAUUAAUCUCAUUCAUCACAUAAAUUGUAUCGAGAGUAAUAUAACAUGUCAAUAGAAUAGAAUAUACAUAAUUGGAUCAGCGAAUUGCGAAUAUAGUAAAUUAAGUAAUAAUAAAAUUCAUAAAAUAGACUCAUUUAAAUAAUCUUUAACCUUAUAGUAACAUUUUGAUAUUAAGAGUUCUUUUAAUUGGUUUACAAAUUUUUGCUCUACAUUUUCGUCUUUGAUUUUGUUUGGUAACUUAUUAUAUAUUUUUAUAGCCAUGACAAAGGUACUGUUAGAGUGCAUUUUUAGUCUAGAGGAGGGCAGCAUUAACCGGUUUUUAUGUCGUAGGUUGAUUUCCAAUUGAAGCUACAUAUACAUAUAUGUAAAUAACGCCUUAUUGACAACCGGCAAUAAGUACCCUUUUGGUUGAUAACAUCACAAAUGAUCAAGCAAAGAUAUUAUAAAUAAAAAGGUGUGAUUUGCAUUGAACGUACUGAUCAAACGAAGGCUAAUGACAGUAAUGACAGAGUAACGGAUUCUCUGAAACCAUUAUAAUCGCUGAACAUACGUGGAGGUUAAAUCUAUAGCUAGCUCUUUAGGUCAUCUAUCACUGCUUUGGAUGUCGAUCUAUACUGUGCUGUAACCGCGAAAAUCGAAGUUCGCAAAUUGCGGGGAUUUUUCUCUGUCACUAUAAUUACGCCUUCGUUGGAGUAAAAGAGAAAGAUCCCCGCAAUUUGCGAAUUUCGGUUUUCGCGGUAGCCGCUCUGAACGCGUACCCGAGUAUAAAGAGUAUAAAAACCACAUUUGUAUAUGCUUCCUAGUACAAUCAAUGUAAAAAUAUUGGUGCACAAAUCAUACGCAAAAAUAUGUCUCUCUAUGUCAAAAAUAUGUCUCUCAAUAUGGUUCUUAUGUCAGUGAAUUAAGAACCAUACAUAUUUUUGAGUAAGUUGUCUAUACCUAUAUUUUAACACUUGUCUGUCCCUAUUUUUAUUGUUACGAGGCCGAAUCAACUUUUUGACUGACACAAACCUGUCCACAACUAUGAAACUUCGUUUUGAAAUUUUCUAUGUUUCAGUUAUGGGUAUAUGUUAAAACAUUGCAUGCCCCAACUGUUGAACCUAAUAAACAGAAACUAUGUAUACCAGAAGCCCGAUUCUUGGUAACUCCAGAGACAAAAUUUUAGAGUGGAUAUUUACUCACCCACCCACCCAAAAUUUUUCCACAUUUUUUAAUUUCUUCUAAGCUUGAUACCAUCGUUCGCAGACGUUUCUGCUUGUUAAAAAUUUUACUCCAGAGACACUUUAAGUGACUCAAGAGACACUCAAAAUUGUCGGUCAAAAAGUUUCUUCGCCCACGAAAACAAGAUUGUGGUGGAAUGCACGAUAUACAAAAAUACGCUAGAUUAUUUCGAAGAGACGUAACUCCGAAGAUCAAUAUACAUAAUAUCAACCAACAUAGUGGUGUAUGUUUUAAUGUGAUCAGAGGGCCUACCGCGAACACCGAAAUUCGCAAAUUGCAAGCAAAUUGGGGAUCUUUCUCUUUUACUCCAACGAAUGCGUAAGUAGAGUGACAGAAAAAUGCCCGCAAUUUGCGAGCUUCGAUUUUCGCAGUUAUAUGUAGACGCUUAGAGAAUAUAACCAAACGGAGUGGUCAUUAACAGGCGUUCCCCUCUGUCGAAAAUAGGCGGCCAAUGGUCAACCACAUGUCAACCACAUGUAUGGACUGACGUUUAUCUGACAUGGCUAUGUUUACGUUACGUAUACAUUUGAUGUGCCCCUCCCCCGGAAAAAACGGCAGACUAUUUUGUACCGAAAAUUAUAGACAUGGCGUCUCCGUUGGUUAUAUUCUCUGAAUAUUUAGGUGUGGUUGACCACAAGCGAUCGGAGAAGACAGUCAAUUAAAUAGUGCACAUAACAGAGUUAUUAAUCAACCCAAUGCUGACAUAACGAAUUAAAACGAUUUUUUCGACUUUAUAGUAUUAUCACAAAAUA